GUCUGGUUUACGGACAUUUAAAUGGCAUCUUUCUCGCGGAAAUGAUGCAGUCGUGCGCGCAGGAGUCCAGAUAAGCGCAAUGCUCGCGGUAGUCACCAUCGUCCUGGUGGGGCUGGGCCUCGCCGUCACCCGGGGAAGCGGCGCACUGGAGGUCAGCUUGCGCCAGGCGUGGAGGGAGACGGGCCAGCUCGGCGCCGCCGCUCCCCUCUUCGUCUGCAUCGUCACUUUCGGAACUUUGUACCUGCUCCUCGGACUAUACCGACUUCUUUUUAGCCCCUUGAAAGUGCUCAAGGGGCCGGAGGAGGUGGGCUACAUCCCGGCCGAGGGUCGCACCAGGGCGCAGGCUUACAAUGACGUUCGCCGCAGGAGGAAAGUCGGGGAGCUGCCCCCCAUCUACCCGAACGGCUGGUACCGGCUGCUGGACUCUCACAUGCUGGAGAGAGGUCAAGUCCAGACGCUGUCAGUCUUUGGGUUUCAGCUUGUGGUGUUUCGGGGCAAUGAUGGGAAGGCUCACGUUUUAGACGCCUACUGUCCACACCUGGGAGCCAACCUCGGAGUGGGAGGGAGAGUUGUCGGUGACUGCAUAGAGUGCCCGUUUCAUGGAUGGCAGUUUCAGGGCAACAGUGGCAAAUGUGUAAAAAUACCGUACACAGAAAAAGUACCAGAGUUUGCCAAGGUGAAGCACUGGCACAGCUGCGAGGUCAACUCCCUGAUCCUGGUCUGGUAUCACUGUGACGACAUUGACCCGGAGUGGACCGUCCCAGAGCUUGGGGAGAUCACCUCGGGGGAGUGGGCUUAUCGAGGGAGGACAGAGCAUUUUGUCAACUGUCACAUACAGGAAAUUCCAGAGAAUGCCGCAGACCUUGCUCACCUGGCUCACCUGCAUAUCCCCGGUAUGGCCAGCGGAUCCGAUCUACGCUAUACUAACAGCAAAGCCUGGGCGUUCAUGAAACACAACUGGAAGGCUCAGUGGGAACCUGAGCAGGAGCCCAACAAGCACUGUUCUCAGAUGUUGGUGAAGCACGCUCUGUAUCUGUUCGGUGUCCACUUCUCUUUGCUGGAUGUACAUGUUGUGGCCAGGCAGAUCGGACCCGGGCUUGUUUUUCUCACAUUCAACCACAGCUUUUUGGGCCGCGGCGUGAUCAUGCACUGUGUGACUCCAGUGGAACCUCUGGUCCAGUGCGUCAGUCAUACCAUUUUCUAUCAGGCAAACAUCCCCACAGCGAUUCCCAAAUUCAUCCUCAUGUCGGAGCGCAUCCAGUUUGAGCGGGACGUGAUGAUCUGGAACAGCAAAAAGUACAUCUCCAAGCCUCUGCUGGUGAAGGAGGACCAAACUAUCCAGAAACACAGGCGCUGGUUCAGUCAAUUCUACAGCGAGAACAGUCCUCAGUUUCAGUAUCAGCGUGACACUUUAGAGUUCUAAAGGCUGAUGUGCUAACCCUCCAUGGGGAUGCGAAGGUGCUGGUUUGUAGCUGGCCAAGCGCGCAUCAAAAUGUUCCAGUUAAAAACUACUACUUAAUCUCAAAAGUGCCUUAUGUAAAGCUGUGAAAAGAAUGAGCUUGUGCCCAUUGUUCGAUUGAACAGUUGGGACAAAUUUGUUUUAUUUAUGUGUAGUGUCUUUGUUGGCUUAAAUAGUGAAAAUUCAUUUUCCAUUGCUCUAGUUUGGCUCUAUGAGUAAUUAAAAACUUAAGUGCUAGAUACAACCCAGAAAAGGAAAAUAAAAAUGUUAAAAAAACAUGCAAUAAUUUUGUAUUUUAUCCUUGUAGUUUUGCCAGAAAAUGCCAGAUCAUGUCUAGCCUUUUGGAACAGGUAUGCUUGAAGAAUGAAAUGACUCUUUAGAUAAGAAAGGGUGUGCGAUAUGACGAUAUGAGAUCAUGAAUGAUUUGACUCUCAGUGAGAGUGAACUAACUAGUAUUGUCGAGACUGGAACAUGUAGAGACCAAGACAAGACCAAGAUAUUUGAAACUCAAGACCAGGACAUUAUAUAGAAGGAGUCUCAAUCUCAAACUGAUCCGCAAAUGAGCCGUAGCAGGAGCAGGCUCACAUUGCUUAACCAAUCAUGUGUCAGCUGAAACAAACAGGACCAGUCUGAAUAACAGUCUUCAGACUCCUUAACUGAUUUGUUAGGAACAAAAACAUGGACCCACCAUCUUGUGGGUCAGUUUGAGACCCUUGAUAUACAUCAACAACAAAACUGAACAAAAUGCCAGAAUCCUUAUUUUACCAACUAUACUUACCCACUAUGUCACUUUUUUCAACUGGUCUUCAAUAGAAAUCCUAAGUCCACUUAGUAUGAGACCAAGACAAUACCAAGUAAAAAUACCGAGACCCAAUAAACGUGGUCUUGGGACCGGUCUUGAGACCAAGACCAAUCUGGAGUACUACAACACGAGAACUAACUGGUGAUGAGCAUUAUUUUUAAAUGUGCUCUGCCUCCAACUGACCGGCGACACCAGACUUCUCUGCUGAGAGGACGGAGCUAACUUCACAUGUCACUUUGAGCCUUCACUCACAUUUGUGGAGGAUCAAGAUUUACCACACUGUAGUUGGCUUAAAACGAAUGCAGGACCAAUUGAACGCGCUCCAAAAUGUGAACAUCCAAACAAUGACUUCUGUAAUGAAACAAUCUGAGCGAAUGAAUUUUUACGAUUUUUCUGGAAACCCCCCAAAAUAAUAUAAAAUGAUGCAUAAGGAGGUAAAUUAGGAACUGCAUGCCAACCUUGACACGGUACAAGCCAGAGAAAGUUGACAUAAUAGUUCUCCUGGCGUGUAAUCUGUGAUAGGAAUUUGCAUUGCAGAUGAAUAACCAGGUUAUUUAAUCUGACUGAGUUUGAUCUUUUUUGCUCAAAAUUGUUCCUCUAAAAUAAACUCAGUUACUUAAGUUAGUGUUGUUAUUUAUUUACAAUAGGCUGUUGAGUGUUUUGUUGCAUUUAAAUCCUCUUAAAAUGAUGUUUAAAAACCGUCCUGUCUUCACAAACAUGAUAGUAAGUUUCAUGUUUGUGGAAGACAACCUUUUAUCUUGCAAGAGCACUGCACCCUUAAGCAGAGUGUUGUUGCUUACGUUCUUUGCUUAAGUUUUACAUAUGCAGAUUUCUUUCUCACAGAAAACUAGUCUCAAAAAUACAUCUAAGAUCGUGAUAACAUUGAAAUUGUAUCGCCCACCCUUAAAAAGCAGCCAUACAUGAGUGAUCAGCCAUUAUCCAAAUGUAUUAAACAUUAAUGGCUCAGUCGCUUCCAGUCUUCUCUGUUUGCUACUCUUCACUCUUGUACGCUUCAUUACACAUUACUAAGAUGUGAAGAAGUGCAGUAUGACCCUGUGAAAAGUUCUUGCUAUCAUUCAGACUGAGCAACAAUAAGAAACAUAAGAUUCAUUUUCUAUGCCAGGUCUUAACCUUGUAGAAUCUAGAGGCAAAGAUUGAGAGACGGCCACUCAGACACACACACCUGUUUGUUUUUGAACUGUGGGAGGAAACUGGAGUGCGAUGAGGAAACCAAUGAAGAAACAUAAAACUGUGCACAUGGAGAGCCCAUCCUCUAAUCACUUCCUGUAAAAAGAGUCAGCACUUAACAUUCUGAUGGAAAUAACAAAGGUACAUAGUCGAGCUGUAGGACUAACAAUGAUGAAACACUGCAGUCAUUUUCAAUGACUUUAAAGUAUAACCUGAAGAGGCAGUAGAGGUGCAGCAGGAUGCCUGCACGCCACGUACCCUGGCGCACUUUACCCAAAUCCACAAUUGAGUUGUACAUCUUUUAUCAAAGGGCCUUGGCAUACACGAAUCUAGUUUUGUGCUUUUGUCCUCUAUACUUUUGAAGACCUUCAGCAUUUCAGUAUCAGCAUUUCAACUGCAGCUUUCUUAAGAACAUAAUGAAAUUAUAAAUGUCAGUCGGAUGAGGGCAUAAAAGGGAAAAAAAAAACAA